AUGACUGACGGCGUCAAUACAGAACUGUCAGGUGAAGCCGACGAUGGCUUGACUCCAGAAGACGAGUCUUCAGUCGAGGAUGUCCCGGAAACUGGGAAGACUGUGAAAAUUGACGUGUCUCAUACUAUGUUGGAGGAAGAGAAGACCAUUCUGGCUAGCAACGAGUCACCCGAUGAAUCAGACAAGGACACCAGGCAACUGCCUCAGCUAGACGCUGCCGAGGACGAUGCCUCUGUCACAGCGGUACAUGAGGGUGCAGGGGGGGCACCUCGUGUCACGGCCGGGCCUUCAACCCAAUCAGAGGCUGAGGAUGCUGUACAACCCUCUCCCAAGGUCAAACAGGAAGUAUCCGAGUCUUCCCUCAGAGCAAUUCUUCGAGGCUUCGUUCCUCCAAAUCUAUGGGCCAACCCGACACGUCCAUCCACCGGUCCUGCGCAGACUAUACAACAGCCCAUCCCUGAAAUGGACGAGCUUAUUCUACCCAGUGUUGAAGAUGUUCCCAUAGAGACGCAUGUGGCUUCCCAGACGGCGAGGGCGGAGGAUUACACAACCUCGACCACCGAUAAUGUGCCUGUCAAGGAAGCUACAGAGAGUCAGCAAACGGUGUCCUUUGAUCAGUCUAGUAGUGCGAGAUCAGAAAAGCUGCCGACACCACAACUCCAGCGCGUUGGUACUCCUCCCGCACAUCGAACCCCAACCAUCCCAGAGCAUGAGGUGAUGGCAGACAACGAGCCGUCGCCCAACAACCAUAGCCCCCAAGUCGAAGCUGAGGUUAAGACCCAAACCGGCGCGCUACGGGAGCACAGCUCGCCAUUUGCCCAGGAGACAGCAACCGCGCCAGCUAUAGCAUGUGAGAUGGCUCCCCCAGUUACGACCCCUGUUACACCUCUACGGACCAAAACUGCAUCGCCCGCGGGGAAACCAAAGACUGCGGAACCUCGGUUCGCUUACAAGUCAUUCGCCGCCUUCGCAACACCGUCUCCAGAGCGCUUGCGUGUCCAAAAGCGGCGCAAGCUUCCGGGCUCAAGUCUUCGCCACCCAAAUCUCAAGGGCAUCUUAGCGUCUCUGGUCACCGGCUCAGCUCGGCGUACAAGCAACAGAGUCUCUUGGUGCCUUCCAGGCGAGCCUGGAGAAUGUGUCGAGGGCGGAGCCGACGUACUGCGGACCAGCCGCGACGUGCCCUCGUCACCGCCGCCUCUGAAGCCUCUCGCAGAGCUUCCCACGGCUUCCAACGACAAAUUUGCGAAGCACUUUUCGUCAGUCAUGAAGCGCACCGACGGGCUGCGACACAGGUUCCGCGCUGCGGCCGACACUGAACGGCUCGUCGAGAGUCUGUGCAGCAGCAGCCUGGGAGUGAGCGGAGGGCCGCCGCCCAAGAGCGGCGCCGUCCACGCGAGGGAGGAGCACUCGGGCGCAGUUGCGACGGGUGACGGUGAUGCUGGCGCUGAGCACCAGGACGGGAGCGGCGCACGCGAGAGGACCGUGUCCGUCGAGCCGAUGGACAUGGUGGAGGACAUGGUGCGCGAGAUGGGCGACUUUUGGCAGUCGUGGGACGUGGACGCGGAGCUCGACGCGGCCAGGAAGACGGACAUCACGACAGCGAGGGCUGGAACACAGUCACAGACUUCAUGGCGCUGA